AUGAAAUUCCAGAAAAAACCAAAUAUUUCUCCUAACCCUAACCCUAAUUCUUAUCUGGCGAAAUCGAGUCGAUGGAAGAUAAUCCAACAGAAUACUUUCAACAAUCAGUAUUCUUCUACCCUACCACCAAACAACCGCACCCCGGUAAUGGGGCAGGUUAAGAUUUUGAAGCGUGGAGAAGUGUUGGACAAAGAUAUGGAUGAGGGGAACAAGAAAGUGGCGGCAAUUGACGAUUUGAUUAUUCUUUCGUUGAUGGAUCGGCUGUGUCCGGAGCCGGAUAUAAUUCCAAACCAGAUCCAGGUCCUGAAGUUCUAUGCAGGUUCGGCUUUCAUUUCAUCGUCUCCACCAAGUUGUCUUCUGAAACCAGUGUUUUUUUAA